AUGAUGCAUAAAAUUUUUUCUUGUUCUUAUUAUGGCAGGAGGAACGAAAUUUUGGAUAAAUCUAUGAUUUUUUGGAAAAUGAGGUGUAAUAAGCUUAAUGAAAUUGAUAAAGGUUUGGGAAUUGAUAAAAAUGUUAAAAAACAACAUUUUGGUAAAGAGCAGUUUAUUGACAAAACGCGCAUAUCUAAAAAUAAGAAACACUUUAAUCUACAAUGUCUUCAAAGUCAUAUUUAUUAUGGGCUUGUUGUACUAUUAGUUAAAGGUGUUGUGGCGGGGCAAAGAUUAUUUUUCAAAUUCCAGAAUUUAUUUUUAGAUCAGGUGAUUUGUCGAUCGAUAGCGCUGCCUCCAAAAAUUGUAGCCGGACCAGGGCGUCAUUAUUUGGCGACUUGUCACCCAAUCACGUGA